AUGCUCAAGAAACCAUAAUAGCAAAAUCAAGAAUACCAAAUCAAGCCAAAACCCAGAGAGAAAUUCAAGUCUUCAAAGUGCAGAGAAUUGAUUUAAGAAAUCUUACAACAAAAAUUAAAAACAGGAUCAUAUUAGGAUGUAACAACUCAAUCCAAAGACAUCGCUGAGAACAUUAAAAAUAGACUCAAAUAGCAAUAUACUGUGACAAGUAGAUAUAAGUUUAUUGUACAUGUGUUAAUCGGUCAAUAAAGAGGCCAAGGAGUUAGAGUUGGCUCAAAAUGCUUUUGGGACUAUGACACUGAUAUGUGUGUUUCAGAAACUUUCAUAAAUGAUUCAUUAUUUUGUUUGGUAACAGUCUAUGCUGUCUACCUUUAUUGA